AUGGAAGGGUGCGAUGGCGCGAUAUUCUUUCUGAAAAAGGUGUGCCGUCUUGUCGCGCGCAAGGGGGGCCAGGACAUGUCAUUGGAACGGUGUUUCAACGCUGGCGCCGCGUUGGGUCUCAAAAGAGAUAUCGAGAGGUUCCACGCAGAGGUUUACGAGGGCCGCUGGAAAACCGUGUCGCACGCCAUAUGCAGCAUUCUUGACAUUGAGAUUGCUUUGUGCAACGGUUGGAAUAUGCGCGCUUACUCCGACGGCGCAAAAGUUUCCAAGGCGCCCGACCCCAAUGCCGACGACGAGCACGACGCUAGGCGAUGCAUAGUGAUAGCUCGCAUCCGAGCGCCCAGCCACGCGGGGUCAUACGUCAGCAUUCAGCACAGGAUGCCUCAGAUGACGAAGUGGUUGGAGAACGAGUCCCAGAUAUUCGAGUCCCUCAGUGCCUCGUUGACGAGGGUCCACAACGGAUGGGGCGCCGUGAACCACCUGGGCUUUUCUAGCCACCCGCUUGUGCAGAACGUCAUUAGAGAGCAGUCCAGGCCCAAAUGGAGAAACCUUAUUUUUUAUAAAGUAGUUUACCGCGCGGACACGUUCACCAAGUACGCCAUGAGGAGGCACCGCGGCAUGCGAAUCGAAUCGUUCUACACGGCUGGCAUGGACCCUGCCCAGGACAAGGUCUGGUACACUCAUCGGGGCGACAGCAUCAAGCACGAGUACCUCCUGGCAUUGCUGCAGUCGGUGGACGGCGUCGCUGUGCCACACCCUCCCAGCGCCACCGUUGCGGACUACAACAGGCUUUUGGGCAAGAGCACCAAGGAGGGCGCCAUGAGGACGCGUGGGGCGAAGACGAUUGGCCGCAUCCAGGACACGGGCGAUGACGAGUGGCCGCACGCGCCCGAGCUGCCUGGAUUGCCUGACUUGCUUGCACUGCCUGAACUGCCGCACUCUCCCUCGUCCUCCUCGCUUGAAGUGCCAUCUUCACCUGGGCUGUCGAGUGGUGAAUCGUCAUCGCCCUCCAGCGACAGCGACAGUGACGAUGCCUGUGACCCACCUGCCGCCGACGAGGCCGCCUUGCCAGCUGAGCCCGACCCGCCUGUCGCCGACGAGGUGGCCUUGCCAGCCGAGCCUGCUGCAAAGCGCAGGAAGGUGUUCAAGGGCACGCCGUGGCCAGAAAGGGGGCGCUUGAAGCAUAAGUUCUCGUACAUCAAGAAACAAGCUCAUCGCGGCGGCUACCAGAUGACGUGCCAUCUGCACGCGAACUGCCAGAAGACGUACAAAAUCCGCGAUGAUGGCAAGACACUGGCGAUGCUUAAGGCUUGGGCGCUGCUUGGUGACAACGCUGAGGUGCCGAACGCUGAGUGCCAUUUCGGUUUAUGGGCCAAUUUCAUUGAGAGCGCAGUUGACAUUGAGCCCGAAGCGUACUUCGAUGAGGGCGUGUUCGCGGCGUCUGCGGCUCCGGUCGGAUGGGUCGUCUACAGGGCGGACGCGGCGCGAGCGAGGCUGGAGUGGAGCCUGGCCUGCCUCUGCCUGUGCUGGGGCCUGAGUUGGUGGACCGGGGCGCUCAGAUGGCUCGCCGCGCUGACGCAGAGUACCGCCGUGCCCGAGGAGAGCGAGGAGGUGCGCGCGCUGCGGGCUGAGCUGGAGGCCCCCCGCCUGACGGCCCACGGGGCGGGGUCGACGGCCGACGACUUCGGCUGGGCCGCGCCCGGCGGGCCCCCGCCCGCAGGGGUCCCACCUCCAGGCGUGCAGGGGCCCGCGGCGGGCGGCGUGCCCAGCGGCAGUGUUCCGGCGCCCGCAGACGCCGCCUCGCUGGGCGACCUGGCCAGCGGAGCUCCGUGGCGGGCGAGCGCGCUGCAGGUCAAGGCGCUGCUGUCUGGCUACAUGGCGGCGCAGCGGACCGACCCCCUGUUGGCCUCCAGGGCAGCGGCGGGGUUGGCGCUCCGCUUCGCCGGGGGUCGCACCUCGUCGACCUGGGCGGACCUGUGGACGUUGGCCACCAGUGUCGACUUCCGCCUGAGGGCCUGCGCCGACGACGACGAACUGAUGCGGGUCCUAGGCGCGGACGACCUCAUGGAGCUGUCCCUGCGGAGGCUCGCGUCGUACAUCUACGAGGCGCGGAGCGGCGACAGGAUGGGAGCGGCCCACAUGCUGGGAAUGGCUUCACCUGGGGGGCAGACGGACAUCGCCCCCACCUGGCUUGGGCAGUCGCAGAGCUCCGACAUCGUCAUCGGGGCGGCGGAGGCGGCCGUGGAGCUCACGGAGACGGCCGUGGAGGCCGUGGCGGGAAGGGCGGUCGGAAGGGCCACGGCGCCUCGGGCGCCGCUGGUGCCGACGGCGCCUGACAGCCCCGCCGCGCGCGUCGGGGGAAACCUGCGACCGACGGGGGCAUUGAGAGAGACGCUGGAGGUCAUGCAGAUCUCCGAGAAGUUCCUGCCCGUGCGCUUGAUCCCUCGGCCGAGGGACUUGAGCGCGCAAGCCGCUUGCUCGAGCCGUCUUCGACACCGGCAUCGCUCCAGGCUGCAGGUUUGGGAGUGGGCCAACCAGUACCUCCGCGGGAUCAACUCGAUGUGCGGCCUUGCUUGCAGUGGCGGGGCCCGAGUGGCGACGGAGUGCGGCCAGGGCUCGAGGGCAGCCCGCGUGUGUCUGAAGUCCGAGGCCGUGGACGAGCCAGUGAGCUGUCGGAAGGUCAUGAUGCUGGAGGCCCUGGAACCCGUGGAGGCUGCCUUCUACGCCCAGGAACGGAACGUCAUGGUCGACCCCAGGCACCGGAGCCAGGUGAUCUUCAAGGAGUUUGAGCAGCAGCGCGGGUUCGUUGGAGGCGAGUGCGGCGAGUACAUCGAGUAUUUGAACAGGCCGGACCUCGUGCGGGGGAUGUGGAAGUUCGCAGAGGAGAAGGAGGUGAAGGCCGUGGCGGGCCUGACCGCCGUGGCAAAUCGGUCAGGCGAUCGGCAGAGGAAAAUCCGGAUGACGUGCGCCUUCAACUACAUGACGAGGGAGGUGCAGGGGCGCGAAGAACACGGACUACAUGGUGGAGGGGCCCUGGCGCGGCUCCACGCGCCCGAGGGCGCCCUCGCGGGGGCGGCGCUGGACGGGCGGCCCCCCCCCAUCACGGCGCCCGACGUCGACCUGCAGCUGGCCGUCGGCCGCGAGGGUUGGGUCUAUCCGCUGUGGACACGCCUCGUGAUGGGGAGCUCUCAUUCGGUACAUGUGUUGAUGAAUCUAUGCGUGAGAGUGAUAGGCAUGGCGCUGCACUACCGUCUAGACAUUGGGCGCUCGGAGGCUUUCGACUCGCUGAAAGAGUGCCAGCUGUGCGCGGGGGGCGAGGACGACGCCUGGGCCGACCUUCAAGCUGUGCGCCGAGAGGCGGAGGCGCCGACAGUGGUAGUGGGCGUGCAGGAGCGGUGCGAGGCCGUUGGAGCCGCUUGUGCCUCGCCCCGUCGAGUGUUCGCGGUGAUGCGUCUGUUCUCGGGUCCGCGGCGGGAGGGGGGCUUCGAGGGAUGCCUGCAGGAGGCUGGCGUCGAGGAGGCCAUGGAGAUCCUGGUGCUCUCCUGCGACCUGGGCGCCGACUCGCAGUGGGACCUCGCGAAGACGGAGACCUUCGACCUGCUGAUGGGCCUCGUCGUGGAGGGGCUGGUGGAUGCCGUCGUGGGAGGGCCGUCCUGUGCCACGCGGAGCCGUGCCCGCUUUGUGGACAUGUCGGGUGGUCGCGGACCACGCCCGCUGAGGCGGCGAGGCCUUUGGUCCCGGGGCGUGCCCGCCCGCGCGCUGACGGCCGGCGAGAAGCAGCGCCUCGACGAGGGGAAUUUGGCCAUGCUGAUCUGGGCCGCGGAGCUGGAGCGUGCCCUGGAGGAGCGCACGGGGGCCACCCGCGCGGUCUUCGACCAGUGCACUUUCAGCGCUCCGACCCAGAAGUCAACGUGUCUCGCCGGAAAUCUACGCCACUUGGAAGAGUUCGGUGGCCGCCGCUGUCGAGGAGACCGCCGCCGCGAAGUGAGCGUCGGGAAGCAGUUCGGGAAGUUUGUCUCGGGCCGCCUGGCCACGCACCCAGAAGGGCACUGCCGGGCCAUCGCCCGCCUGCUGGUCCAGAAUUUCAAGCUCAUGCUGAUCGAGGGCUCCGGGCCGACUGGGCGCUUGCGGGCGGGGGCCGCAGCGCGAUCUUGGGGCGGCGCGACCUGGGCGUCCACCUCCAUCGACGACGCUCUCUUCCUGUCCAACUUCGGCUCCACGGAGGGCCGACCCGAGUGCGACGUCGCCCUGCAGCCGUCUGCCGACAGCCUGGAGCAGGUCGGCUUUCUGGUCAAGGACCGACGCCGCCAAGGGGAGGUCAACAAUAUCAUCGGCUACGAGCUCGAAGCGCGGCCUACCCGACUGCGAGCGCCCGCGAGACGGGCCGUCGACCUGUUCAGAGCCUUCGAGCUCCUGGCGCGCCGUAGGACGGUGGACGUGGAGGCGCUGAGGUCCAUCGUGGGCGUCUGGAUCUGGGCCGCGCUGGUGGGGGGUCGUCGCCUGAAGAGGAGCGUGAUCGGCCUGUACUCAGACCUAGGUGCGCCCCUCCCGGCCUUCCCGGUCACCCUCGCCACCGACGCCGAGGGGGGCAACGACCGCGACUUCGGCGGCAACGGAGCAGUGGGCGCUCUCGUGGGCCCGCGGGCCCAGGAGACCAUGUGGGAGGCAGGCUUGCGCCCUGGCAAGGUCCUCGUCCGCCAGCCUGGCGCCGUCGAGAAGGUCGGGGAGCGCGGCGAGGCCAGGACGCUGAAGCCGUUCGCGCCUGUCUCGUCCGUGCCGGGGGACGUGUUGCAUCCCGACAUCGCGUGGACCAACCUGCUGGCCGGGCGCUGGAGGUAUGCCGACAACGUCGCCCUGGGCGAGGCUCGGGCGGCGAUCGCCCCGCUGGAGAAGCUGGCUUGA